CUAGUGCUCGUUUGAGUAAUCGGUACAAAUCGAAAGAACGAUAGUGAUUGAAGUACCUUUUUAUCAAAAUAAUAAUAAGAAAUCCGAAAAACUUCAAAAGCAACACAAAAUGAAUGAGGACACUUCGGACUUGGCCCAAAAACUAUGCCGUACCUGUUUAACAGAUCUGCAACCGGAAGCAGCCUUCGAUCUUUUCCUUAACCAAGGCCUGGCCAAGAAAUUGUGUAUUUGCACUUCGCUGUCCGUGGAGCAACAAGAUGGAUUCCCCACAAACAUUUGCACCACUUGCUAUAGUCGCCUCAACGACUUGCAUGACUUCCAAUCACAAUGCGUGGACUCGGUACAAAAGUUCCGAGAGAUGUUGACCAGCAGCUGUUUUGUUAUUCGCACUAUUCCCGAUGACGACUACAGUGUGAUAAAUGCAGCGGAUCAGCAACACCUGCAGACUGAGUUUACUGUCGGAGAGCAUACACACUUUGAUCCGUUGCUAAAUAGCAAAAUAGAGAUUGAGAACGACGAGGAUGUCUUCAAGAUGAUUGAAGAUGCCGACAAGGAGUCCGAGGAAGAAGAGCCGGCAGCAGCACAACAAAUGGAUCAAGAGUUUAAUGAAGUAGAUGGCUCUGCAACGGACAGCAGUGACUUUGAUGAAACGCUGCCACUAUCGCGUCUUCGCAAAAAAGCCAUUAAGAAGAAGACUGCGGCGGAUGAGCCCAAAGCGAAACGUAAACGUUUGCCGCCCGCAGAGCGAGAGCGACAUCGUUUGAUCGAAUGCCACAUUUGCAAACAAAAGUUCAAGAAGGCGCAGAACUACGAAGAGCACAUGAAACACCACAACGACCAGCUACCCCAUCAGUGUUCUGUGGAAACUUGCAAGCGUGGCUUUACCACAGAGACUGGGCUGCGUCAUCACAUGGAGCACACGCAUCCUGAGCUGUGCAAACUGCAUCCGUGCACGGUCGAGGGCUGCGACAAGAAGUUUCCACAGACACGCAUGUUAACGCGACAUCUGCGCGUCGAGCACAACAUUGCCAAGCCCGAGAUUCAUCCAUGCUCUGGAUGCGACAAGGUGUUCCGUUGUCCCAUGGCACUAAAGAAGCACAUGUAUAAGCAUACGGGCGAGGAGCUGCCAUUUGGUUGUAAUAUUUGCAACAAGCGCUUUAGUGUCAACACCGAACUGCGAGAUCAUUUGCUGCGCCACGCGGGGAUCAAGAACUUUGUGUGCCCCUAUUGCGGCGUAGGCAGAACUACCAAACAGGAGUGUGACAAGCACAUCCUCACGCAUACGAGGGAGAAGAAGUUUUUCUGCGAGCACUGCGAAUAUGCCACGCACAACAAACAGUCGCUGACGAAGCAUGUUCGGGUGGUUCACCUGAAUAUCCGCAAUCAUCCGUGUCAGUACUGCGAUAAGACAUUUGCAAAUGCUUAUGCGUGUCGCACUCAUGAAAGAUUGCAUACGCGGGAAAGCUGCUUUGAGUGCAACAUCUGUGGAAUGAAAUUCCUGUUCGAAAAGCGAUUAACGAGGCAUCUAAAGACGCACGAGAAACGCGAUAAGCCGGACGAUGAUGUUGAUGAGGAGCCCACGGCCAAGACAGAGAACGCUGCUGUAGAUGAAGUGAAGGAAGUGCCAUCUAUGCCAGCGAAGUCAAGAGAUCCACGCCGCGUCGAACUGGUGGAUAUGGCACAAUUAGCAGGCACCGCUAUCAAUCCCAUUCCAUCGGUCUCGGUGCCAGCUUGGCCACAUGUCAAUUUCACCAAGAAGGAGGGUCAAUUUAUUUGUCCGGAGUGCGGUAAGGCCUUCAAUCAUUUGGCCAACAUGAAACUGCACUACAAGGUUGUGCAUCAAAAGAUCAAGGACUAUGCUUGUCGCUUCUGUCCUAAGCGCUUUAGCAAAUCCCAGUAUCUGAAGUGCCAUGAGAAUAUUCACACUGGGGAAACCCCUUACUCUUGCCAAACGUGCGGAAAGAGCUUUAAGCAUUAUGGCACGCUUAGCAAACACAAGCAAUCGCACAAUAAGCCACCCAAAGAGCCAAAGGCACCAAAGGAGCCGUUGGUCAGGAAACGUUUCUAUCAGGGUCCCAAAAUCAAAUUAAACACACAACCAGCGAAGAACUACGAGCAAUAUGAGGAUCCAGUGGCCGAGCAGGCGGCGGCAACGGCUCAAUUGGUCGCUCAGCAGCUUAACGUGAGUGCCGCCAAGCUGAAGGCGGAAGCGGAGACGCAAAAGAUUCAAACGGCUGCACAGGAGCAGCUCGAGAAGCUGCAGCAGCAGUGGCAAAGCGAAAAGGUUUCCUACGACACCUUUGCGGGCAAAGGCAUUAACAUGGAUAUAGCCAAGGAUCAUGUAUAAGCUGGCAAUUUAAAUUGUUACUCUUUUUGUAUCAUAUUUUUAAAUAAUUAUAAUAAACCUCAAAAAAAAUAUUCAAAUUGUAAAUAAAGGUGAGAAAAAUGCAUUAAUG